UAGGAAGUGAACGCAAGCUUUCUUGAUUUGAGACUCGAGCAUUAAUUGCUGUGUGGCAGCGCCCCCAAAUUUAAAAUGUCUGACUGGGAGGACGACUACGACCAGGAGGGUGUUACUAUUGAGAAACUUGUCCCUAAAACUGCGACUAACAAUAAAUUAGUCGCAAAAGAUGGCCAGGGAGAUGGAAAAGUUUAUGCCGAUAUGAAAACUCGAACCUGGUUUGGAGAAUCGAGAGGUGAGCGCAGCUGGGAGGGGACCGAGUUCAGGAGCCGAAGAGGUCAACCAGACCGCGGCAGAAGCCAUGGAGAGCGUCGGUGUGGGAACGAAAUGUCCGACGGUUCCCGACCUCUUAUUUUCAAAGUGGAAAAUUUGUCCAUCGGAAGGAUUAUCGGUCGCGGGGGGGCUAAAAUCCGUGAACUUGAAGAGAGCAGCGGUGGGAGGAUCAAGAUUACCAGGGGAGAUUAUGAAGGAGAAGUGGUCAUAUUUGGCUCCUCUGCAGCUCAGCAAAAGGCCAAAGACAUGAUUGAAGACCUGGUGGCCGGCCGCACCUCUCUGUUUAGUUACGGUCCAGGUAGAGGGCAGUCCAGUGAUGGGGAAAGUCUCAGGGGACCAGCAGAUAAAGGAGCCAUGAAUAGGAAUAGCUCUGUACGGUCAACAGAGGUGCCUCAGGCUCCAGAUGACGCUGCGGCCACUCCAACCAUAGACUGGAACGACAUCCGAGAAAACAGAAAAAAGUACGAGGAGCUGAAAUGGAAAGACCUCCCACCACUCAAGAAGAACUUUUACACUGAAGCAGCGUGUGUGUCCAUGCUCACACCAGAGGAGGUCCGUGAGUGGAGGAAGGAAAAUAACAAUAUAUUUGUAGAUGACAUAAAAGAAGAGGGAGAGAAGAGGCCCAUACCUAAUCCCUGUCGUACAUUUCUGGAGGCGUUCGAACUCUAUCCAGAGAUUAUGGAAAACAUUGAGCGUGUUGGUUUUAUCAAACCAACUCCUAUACAGUCUCAGGCAUGGCCAGUGUUGCUCAGUGGGGAGGACCUGAUAGCCAUUGCUCAGACAGGAACAGGGAAAACUCUGGCCUACCUGCUGCCAGGGUUCAUUCAUAUGGAUGGACAGCCUGUACCCAGAGCUGAGAGGGGUGGUCCAGGCAUGUUGGUGCUGACCCCUACCAGAGAACUAGCUCUGCAGAUUGAAACAGAGUGCAACAAGUACCGUUAUAAAGGAUACAAAAGCAUCUGUAUCUAUGGAGGGGGGGAUAGGAGAGGCCAGAUCAACCUGGUGAAGAGUGGCGUGGACAUCGUGAUCGCCACACCAGGCCGACUCAAUGAUUUACAGAUGAACGAGCUCAUUAAUCUUCACUCCGUCACCUACUUGGUGCUGGACGAGGCUGACCGUAUGCUUGACAUGGGUUUCGAACCCCAGAUUCUGAAGAUUCUGCUGGACAUCCGCCCAGACCGACAGACUGUCCUGACCAGUGCCACCUGGCCCACAGGUGUAAGAAGAUUGGGUAAAUCCUACCUAAAGAAUCCCAUGAUGGUUUACGUGGGCACUCUGGACUUGGCUGCUGUCAACACUGUGGAGCAGACCCUACUGAUUGUUCAGGAGGAGGAGAAAAAGAUGUAUGUUUUUGACUUUAUCAGGAAUAUGCAAUCCCAGGAUAAGGUCCUAGUCUUUGUGGGCAAGAAGAUUAUUGCCGAUGACCUAUCGAGUGACAUGUGUCUGCAAGGUAUUGCUGUACAGUGCCUCCAUGGAGACCGCGAACAGAGUGCCCGCGAAGAGGCUCUCAGGGACUUUAAGGAGGGUCGCGUUCGCAUCCUGGUCGCCACAGACCUGGCCUCCAGAGGGCUGGACGUCCAUGAUAUAACUCACGUUUUUAACUUCGACUUCCCACGAAACAUAGAAGAGUAUGUCCACCGUGUGGGCCGCACAGGCCGAGCAGGACGAUUGGGUGCUGCCGUUACCCUGUUAACAAGAGAUGACUGGAGGAUGGCCCCGGAGCUGAUUUCUAUCCUGGAGAGAGCAGGACAAGACGUCCCAGAAGAUUUGGUGCUCAUGGCAGAGAGAUACGAGAAGCAAAAAAGGGAGAGAGAGAUGUAUUGUCCAAGAGGACAUGGAUGGGGUGGAAGAGGUGGUGGAGGGAGAGGCGACAGAGGCGAAAAGCGGCGAUUCUAAUGUCUGUGGAUGUUGGAAUACAAUCUAAAACUGGCUGUGAAUUCUUAAAAAUGUAGAUUAUUUUAUUUUUUUGUUUAAAUGUUAGUUUUUCUGUGCACAUAUAGCCAUCUUUUGUUUACCAGGUGGACAUUGUUGUUUUUAAAGACGUUUAAAGGUUAAAAAAAUGCAAUGUUUCAAGUCCAGUAUUUGCUUUCUGUGUGUCUCAACUAUGUUCAUAUAGACUGAAUAUUUUGCAUUGCAAGUGUGUUCUUGAAAAAAUGUUAAAUAAAUUCUUUUUGAAGAGA